GUGUUUGUGCGGGAUUUUCGGGCAACAACAUCAAAGUCCGCACCAAUCUGCAACAAGGAAAGCAUCUGUUCGCCAGGAAAAAGGAUCUCCGUCCUUAUCCGUAAUCACCAAAAACGCCGGAAGUUCCGCAAAAAGCGCGCACUCGUAAUAAAAGCAAGGUUUAGAGUCUGAACGGUUGAAGAUCUAAUGGAUCCCGAGGAAGAGUACCCAAGUGACAGCGAUGCCAGUGACGAGGAUUUCCGCCCGGACAAAGAGGAAGGUUCAGCAAGUGAGCUGGAAUCGGACGACAAUGUAGAUGAUGAAGAUCAGGAAAAUGGCGACGACGACGGCGGAACGAAACCAAAAGCCGGUGCCGGGAAAAAGCGGAAGCGAACAGGCAAAAAGGUGCCCAAGAAGAAGGCCAAAAUUGCGGAAGAAGUUCCUGAAGAGAAGGAGACUGAAAAGAAGGGCGAGUUGUUGGAUGACGAAGACGAGGAACGGUUGACUGAUGCAUUGUGGGCAGAUUUCCUGGCCGGGUCCAACAGUAGUUCCACGACCAAUUCGUCCAAAGAGCCUGCCAAGAAAGAUCCAGUCAAAACUGUCGCACCUGUUGCAGUUAAACCGUCAAAACCUGCCCCGACGACCACGACAAAACCGGCAACGGUUACUAAAAUUUUCGAAUUCGCCGGUGAAACGGUUGAGGUGACUGAACCUGCCCCAGCCGCCGAAGCAACGUCCAGUAAGCCCGCAUCGAAACCCGCAACCUUGGGAGCACUUUCGUCGAAUGGCGGUGGGCCCAAGCCAGCACUUGGAGGCCGGUCGUCGUCGGGUGGAGGCCUCGGAGCAGUAUUAGGCCAGUUGGGCAAGAAGAACAAACUGAGCGUGCUGGAAAAGACCCAGCUCGAUUGGAAGUCCUUCAAGCGCAACGAGGGCAUCGAGGAGGAGCUGCAGACGCACAAUCGUGGCCGGGAUGGGUACUUGGAGAGGCAGGACUUUUUGCAGCGCGCCGAUCUGCGGCAGUUCGAAAUCGAGAAGAACUUUAGGCAGUCAAAGAGCAAGCGAUGAAUUCCAUGGGAGAACGCUCACGCUUCCGAAGCACACUGUACACACUUAAUCAGUACCAAUCAGUACACUUAUCAUCAUACUCUGAUGUGGAAUAAUAGAACUAUGUAACCUUUCUACAAAGCUAAACAAUAAAUCUGACUAAUCGAACAAAAGA